AUGCCUUUGCUAGUGCUGUGCCAUAUCACAGGCCUAGAGACUGUGGUGAGUCUUCAUUCCUGCAUCGUUGACGAGUUUGGUCUUCCACCCCAGGUCCUGCCCACCUGGAGACAAUUCGGCGCUAUCACUGUCAAUGGAGCCCUUGGCAGUGUUGCAUCAGACUAUCUGCUCUCAGUGGCGGUUAUCCUACUUUCUCCUCUAUCAGCAGCUGUUGGCCUCUCUUUGACAAUCCCUCUAUCUUUGAUUGUCGACAGUACGAUUCUCGCUCUCCACAGUUUCAAGAGUGUAUACAUGCUGGGCUCAGCAUUAGUGUUCGCCGCUGUUGUGCUCAUCAGUUGGGAUACUUAUAAUACCGACUUGGAGAAGGAGGUUGAGGUGACGAGCCUACAAGCAGGAGACCAGGGCAGCCCGUUGGUGCGUAAGUUGGAAUUCAUCCGCAGAUAA